GGGGGCCUUGGCAGCCUUCCAUUUAGAUGUUUUCUGGAGACUGAUUGUUGGCAGCUGAAGGAGCCCCAGGGUUUCUGGGUGGCCUGGUCCUGCCUAUGGAGCAACUGAGCUUAGGGGCCUAGUCCCGCCUCCAGCCCUCCCCCUGCUGCCCGCCCAGGCCCGCCUGCUUGCCCCUGGGUAUGCUGCUUUGUCAGGAGAAGCAGAGGUGUGGACACCGUAGAUGAAAUGUCUUUCCUCCAGGACCCAAAUUUCUUCACCAUGGGGAUGUGGUCCAUUGGUGCGGGAGCCCUGGGGGCUGCUGCCUUGGCAUUGCUGCUGGCCAACACAGACGUGUUUCUGUCCAAGCCCCAGAAAGCAGCACUGGAGUACCUGGAGGAUAUUGACCUGAAAACGCUGGAGGACGAACCAAGGACUUUGAAAGCAAAGGAGCUAUGGGAAAAAAAUGGAGCUGUGAUUAUGGCUGUGCGGAGGCCAGGCUGUUUCCUCUGUCGAGAGGAAGCUUCGGAUUUGUCCUCCCUGAAACCCAAGUUGGACGAGCUUGGCGUCCCCCUCUACGCAGUGGUAAAGGAGCACAUCAAGAAUGAAGUGAAGGAUUUCCAGCCUUAUUUCAAAGGAGAAAUCUUCCUGGAUGAAAAGAAAAAGUUCUAUGGUCCACAAAGGCGGAAGAUGAUGUUUAUGGGAUUUAUCCGUCUGGGAGUGUGGUACAACUUCUUCCGAGCCUGGAAUGGAGGCUUCUCUGGAAACCUGGAAGGAGAAGGCUUUGUCCUCGGGGGAGUUUUUGUGGUGGGAUCAGGAAAGCAGGGCAUUCUUCUCGAGCACCGAGAAAAAGAAUUUGGAGACAAAGUAAACCUACUUUCUGUUCUGGAAGCUGCUAAGAUGAUCAAACCACAGACUUUGGCCUCAGAGAAGAAAUGAUUGUGUGAAACUACCCAGCUCAGGGAUAACCAGGGGCAUUCACCUGUGUUCAUGGGAUGUGUUGUUUCCACUUGUGUCCCUCAGGAGUGAGAAACCCACUUAUACUCUAUUCUUAGUAUGGAUAAUGAA